AUGGAAAUAUAACCUAAGAAAAUUGACAUAGGUAUUUCUUUUGGAAUAUUGAAUUUAGGAAUACAAUGCGAAGUGCUGUAAAGAGAAUACAUUCCUCCAAACAUUUAAUCAACGUUUUUCCAUGAAUCUGAGGGAUGGAGUAUAUUCUAUAGAUCUAGGACCAUAUCUUUGUUAAUUUUUAUGCUUACUACUUUAUAUAUCACCAGUUAUUGGUUUUAAAGAGAAACUCUCUAAGAUAGUGCAUAUAUAGGAUAUAUCUUCAGUUUUCUGGCAUUUUGUGCUUACGGAGGUAGCUAUUUUCCAAAUACACUUAUACAAAGACCACACCCAUUAUUUUGGAGGUUAUUAUAAAGUUGGGCUUGUGUUUAUAUGAUGAGUAUUGUUUUCCUUAUUUAUUUUGUAUAAUUUUGUUCUUAUUUAAUAGACUCCUGAAUAACUAUAACAAUUUCUCUAAUAAUUUGUGGAUCCAAAAUUAGGAAAACCACUCCCCUAAAAAAGUUAUGCAGAAGAUUGUAGAUUUUAUACUCCAGAGAAUGAACAUUCAAAAUUUUAUAAUCUGACAAGUUCAUUUGAUGUUUUUGUUCCAGCUCACAUUUUUGGAUGGACAGUUAAAAUGUGGAUUUUAAGAGACUUUAAACUAGCUAUGUUUUAAUAGAUAGCUUUUGAAUUUAUGGAAAUUACAUUUAGACAUUGGUUACCAAAUUUUUGGGAAUGUUGGUGGGAUCAUGUCAUUUUAGACAUUAUUGUUUGCAACACUGGAGGAAUUGUUAUAGGUUGGUACACUAUGAAAUUAUUUGGAAUGAAGGAAUACAAAUGGUCAUUAAGAAAAGAAAAUAGAAAAGAUUCUUGGUUUAAGAAUUUUAAAAGAUUAUGUAUAAGUCCUUAGUUAGAUAAAAUUGAAUGGAAGGUCUUUUCUUCUGUUAAAAGAUUUUUAUUAGUAAUUUGGUUUUUAGUUUUUAUGAACCUUUGCGACUUAAGUUUCUUUUUUAAUAAAUUUGUUCUUUAAAUCAACACAGCUCAUAAUGUAAUGAAAUUUAGAGUGUUUCCUUUGGGUUUCUUCUCUAUAGUUGCUGCUAGGGAUUAUUAUGUAUAUAUUUCAGAUGAGUAAUUAAUAUUAAUAAUUCCAGGAAUGUUACAAGAUUAGGUCCGAAUGCUUGGUUGAUGCAUGCUAUAGUUUUAGGAGAGUGGGUCCUUUUCUUUAGAAAUUAUUAAGGAAUUUUUGUUGAGAAAUUUCCAACAUACAUAAUAAUGAUAUGGAUAGGAAUAUUUACAUUAUUUUUUAUCACAGUAUUCUCUAUAUGGAGAAGAGAGAGAAGAUUAAAUAAACUUAAAUAAAGUUGAUGUGU